AACAAAAAAAAACUGGGAAAGAUUGAAGAAAGUGUGUGAGAUUGAGAGACCCAAAAAAGAUGGUCGAAGAGAGGUUUGUCCUCUGAGAUCAUCCUGAGAAGGGCAGUAACAGAAAAAAAAAAUCCCAGGGGAUUAAAAAGGUUUCAGAAAAAGUUUGUUGCAAGGUUUAAGGAUUAUUGUGUGUGGAUUUUUUCUCUCUUGCUGCCUUUUGAAGUUUUGAGUCUCAAUCUUCCCCCCCCCCUCCAACCAAUCCAAAACCCUUUAAUCUUGUCCAAUCCAAUCCAAUUCAUAUCAUAUUUCUUGGUUGCAUUGAUAUCAUAACUACCAACAACCCUAAUAGAUGAGAGUAAACAAGAGAGAGAGAGCUAGUUCAACACCUGUUUUGGUCCCCUUCAUGCAUUAAGAUUCAGCUCUUCCCAGAUAAAAAUUUGGAUGAUACAAUCCAUUGUGCUGAGCCUGUGAAGGGUUUAUGCGUGCGUUGAAGAACAGGGUAUUAUAACCUCGACUCAAUGUGUCAUCAUGAGGGACCCUGAUAUGAUUCUGGGUUUGCGUUUGUGCAUAGCAUCACAGUUAAGUUUUUCUACUAACAAAAAGAAGGGAGAAACCUUCAUUUUUUGAGCCUAGCAGAAGGGGUGGCUCGUAUCCAAAAACCUGGCGAUUUUGUGUAGAAAUUUCUGCGGCUUUUUGGCUUUCAGAGGAAAUAGUUUUUAUCAUAUCCAGCAUUUCUGCAUCUGGUUCAUCAGGCAAUGGGGGCUAGAUGGAACCCUUUGGGGUUCCGCUUGCUCUUUCUCUUGGCUAUGAUUAUUGCUUCUUCUGGGGUUCCGGGUUCUUGGUCUGUUAAUGAUGAAGGAAUGGCUUUGUUGGCAUUCAGGGAUAACAUAAAGUUCGAUCCUUUGGGUGCUUUGGAAAAUUGGAGUCCUAACGAUGGUGACCCUUGCCAAUGGAUCGGUGUUCAUUGUGUGGACAAUAAAGUACAAAUGCUGAAUCUGACAGAUCUUUCUUUGGAAGGAACGUUGGCACCUGCUGUUGGGAAACUUAGUCACUUGAAAUAUCUUGUGCUCUACAAGAACCGUUUAAUUGGUGAAAUUCCCAAAGAGAUCGGGGGCCUUGCAAGGCUAGAACAUCUAGAUUUGAGGGACAAUGACUUGAGUGGAAUGAUUCCAGUUGAGAUAGGCAGGAUGCGUUCACUAAAACGAUUAUUGCUUGGUGACAAUAGAUUUGAAGGCGGCAUUCACCUACCGAUAAAGAGUCUCAGCUUGCUUUCUGACUUGGUAAUUGUUAGUGAUCAUGUUGCAUCCACUCGAUUCACUGGAUUUGGCUCUAUAAACAGAAAAUUUGGACACUGCACCUGGCCAAGCAAUGUUAAACAUUGGAAAAAUGCUAAAACGUUAACAUUAAUGCUCAAAGGAACUCUUACACAUUACCUCAACUACUUGCGAAUGCCAAGUCCCAGAUCCAUACAUGACUCUCUGGAUGUCCACGGAGACACUUGCUGUGACAAUUUAUCUAAUUCAUUCGAGUCGCACAUGAUCCUUGCACGCCGUAGGCUGCUUGACCAACCCUCCCUUAACCUCCCAGCUAUACCCUUUGCUGGUCCGGAACCAUCUAUACAGAUCAUUGCUCUUCCAACCGGUCGAAGUAGUGGAGCCUUUCCAGCAGUGCCUGAUCCAAAAGAGAAGCUCUCUCCUCCACCUGUUCCAGAACCAAUGGAUUCACCUCCUAGUACUCCUUCACCAAUGGCAAAAAAGAAAACUCAACAACAAGGUUCCCCAAAAUCAAGUAGCAAUAUAUGGAAGUAUACUGUAAUUGGCAUUAGUGUGGCUGUGUUGGUAAUUGUUCUUCUAGCGAUGAUCUUCAUGUGUCGAAGCCAAGCAGUUAAAACCAUAAAACCUUGGAAGACAGGAAUAAGUGGACAGUUGCAGAAAGCAUUUAUAACAGGAGUUCCAAAGUUAAACAGAUCAGAGUUGGAAAGCGCCUGUGAAGAUUUCAGCAACAUCAUUAACACAAUUGAUGGCUCCAUUGUGUACAAGGGAACACUCUCCAGUGGAGUUGAGAUUGCCGUUGCAUCAACAACACUGACUUCUUUGAAAGACUGGUCCAAGAAUGCAGAGAAGGCUUACCGGAAAAAGAUUGAUGAGCUAUCACGAGUGAAUCACAAGAACUUUGUCAAUCUCAUUGGCUACUGUGAGGAGGAUGAACCUUUUACUAGGAUGAUGGUGUUUGAGUAUGCUCCAAAUGGAAAUCUCCAUGAACAUCUGCAUAUUCAAGAAAUGGAACACCUGGACUGGACCGCAAGGGUCAGGAUCAUAAUGGGAACAGGUUACUGUCUUCAGUAUAUGCACCACGAUCUAAAUCCACCUGUAUCACAUCCCAACUUAGAUGCAUCUUCCAUCUUUUUAACGGAUGAUUAUGCUGCAAAGAUUGCAGAGCUAUGUUUCUGGGCAACAUUGCCGAAGUCAAAGAAGGAUUCUGAGGAGGACGAUAAAGAGCAUUCCGAAUUACCACCCCUUGCUGAUCCAGAAACAAAUAUCUACAGUUUCGGACUACUGUUAAUAGAGAUCAUCAGUGGAAGGCGACACUCAGAAGUAGGGUGCCUUGCGAAAUGGGCCUCUGCCUAUCUCAAUGAACAAAGAAGCAGCAUGGUUGAUCCAAGUCUCAAAUCCUUCAAAAACGACGAGUUGGAUGUCCUUUGUGAGGUGAUCAAAGAGUGCACUCAACAAGAUCCAAGACGCAGACCAGCAAUGAAUGAUGUCAUCGAGAAACUGAGGCAAGUAAUUCCCAUCACUCCAAACCAAGCAGUCCCAAGACUUUCACCACUCUGGUGGGCUGAGCUUGAGAUCUUAUCAGUUGAAGCAACGUAAACUCAGCAUCUCUCUGAUUCUCUUCUCUGUGCUCAGUGUGUUGUAAGCCAACGAAGCCUCUCUUAUAUCAGUAAAAAAAAUGCUGAAAGUUGUAUAGCUUUUGACAAUAACUCUGUGCUCCCCUAAUCCCACCCCACAUAUAACUUCAUACUUGUAUUCAUAUCGCUUUUUGUCCUCCUUUUGUUUGUGUCCUUGCGAUCAUCCUAGUCGAUUCUUUGUGUUCAAUCAAAAGU